AUGGCGUCGGCCAUCUUCUUUCUCGACCUUAAGGGUAAGACCCUUCUGGCCCGCAACUACCGUGGCGACAUUCCUAUGUCCGCGGCGGAGAAGUUCCCGAUACUCUUGAGUGAAGCAGAAGAAGAGUCCUCCGCAGUGCCCCCAUGCUUUUCCCAUGAGGGAAUCAAUUACCUCUAUAUCAGACACAACAACCUUUAUCUGCUCGCCCUCACAAAACGGAACACCAAUGCCGCUGAGAUCCUGCUCUUCCUGCACAAGAUUGUCGAGGUCUUCACCGAGUACUUUAAGGUGCUCGAAGAGGAGUCUAUUCGCGACAACUUUGUCAUUAUUUAUGAGCUUUUGGACGAGAUGAUGGACUUUGGCUACCCGCAGACGACCGAGUCCAAGAUCCUGCAAGAAUAUAUCACCCAGGAGUCACACAAGUUGGAGAUUCAAGCCCGGCCCCCAAUCGCCGUUACCAACGCUGUCUCGUGGCGGUCGGAAGGUAUUCGCUACCGCAAGAACGAAGUCUUCCUGGAUGUCAUCGAGUCUCUCAAUCUGUUGGUUUCUGCCAACGGUAAUGUGCUGCGGUCCGAAAUUCUUGGCUGCAUCAAGAUGAAGUGCUACCUAUCAGGCAUGCCCGAGUUGCGCUUGGGGCUGAACGACAAGGUCAUGUUCGAGACCACUGGGAGGACCACCCGCGGCAAGGCCAUUGAGAUGGAGGAUGUAAAGUUCCACCAAUGCGUACGCCUUUCCCGCUUCGAAAACGAUCGCACCAUUAGCUUUAUCCCUCCCGAUGGCGAGUUUGAGCUCAUGUCGUAUCGCCUGAACACACAAGUUAAGCCACUCAUUUGGGUUGAGUGUGUGGUUGAGUCGCACAGCGGUUCGCGAAUUGAGUAUAUGCUCAAGGCUAGGGCACAGUUCAAGCGACGCAGCACGGCCAACAAUGUCGAGAUUAUCGUACCUGUCCCUGACGAUGCUGACAGCCCACGCUUCCGGACAAAUGUUGGCUCAGUCCACUACGCUCCAGAGCAAAGCGCCAUCAUCUGGAAGAUUAAACAAUUUGGCGGCGGGAAGGAAUUCUUGAUGCGUGCUGAACUUGGCCUGCCUAGCGUCCGUGGUGAUGACGAGCAUGGCGGUGGUAUGACGGGCGGUUUUGGCGGAAGCAUGGGUGGUAUUGGCGGUCCGGGGAAGGGAGCCAAGAGGCCUAUUCAGGUCAAAUUUGAAAUCCCCUAUUUUACUACAAGCGGUAUCCAAGUGCGAUACCUGAAGAUUACGGAGCCGAAGUCCGGUGACAUCGCCGUAAGGCUACCUGACGCCAUAUAA